UAGCUAGCUGGCUAGCUUAGCAGUCGGUCAGAGGGCGUUUAAUAGGAGUCUAAUCAGCCAAAUGAGUGCCUGGAGACAUUAACGAUAACAACACAAUCCCGGACAAUAAAUAUAUUUACGCAUAAAAUUAUCCUAUCAACCAGGGAACUGUGUGUGACUUGUAAAGUUACCUAGCGAGGACUGCUACCGGAACAGAUGGAGUGGCUGUGCCUCUUCCCAAAAGACAGCCCACACGUUGCGUUGGGAAAUUCUUCAUGGCAUCAUAAUGGGAGUCAUGCGGAGGCCUUAUUCGCAACAGGGCCCUGGAGGGAAAACAUCUUUUUGACCAAUGUCUGUCCACGGGGUUAAGGGAAAAUCCGCUUUCACCCUCAGCAUUGACACCCAUCAGUCCUGAGAAGAAGGAAUUAGUACUCUUUUAAGGAAGAUACUUUUCCUGAGUGAAACAGUGAGCAGCACCAGGAAACCAGAAAUAUUGGUGAGCAUGUGCUUUCUUUUGGUUCAAAAUCUGCACAAGUUUGUGCACAAUACCGCACAGGGUCCUGUCCUGUCAACCAUGUCGCAUGUACAGUGUCUCCUGGUUUUGUAAGGUACCCAUCUGUCACCAUGGCAACCACCCCUAAAGCAUCUUUAGUAAUGAUCAGCACGACCGCAUUCCCCUGCUAGCACAUUUCGGGACGACCCCCAACAUCAAGCACAUCGUGAUGGGACGGUGUUUCAAUUACAUCACACUUGUUAACCCCAGCGUCAGAUACGACUGCGAGGAAAUCUGGCAACAGUUUGAGGAGGCGGUGGUGCAGCAGGCGUCUUGCGGCGUGGCCGUCGAGGACUACCGCCACAUGUUCCAAGCCAUGCCGCAAACGUGGGCCUGUGACCGGUUCCUCUUCUGGAGCAAGACCCGGGCGCUCAUACACGACUACGCAGCUGUGGUGCGUCGCUUUUGGACCCUGGAGGACACGCUGGUUGGAUACAUGUUCAACGAUCUCAUCUGGUGCGGUCAGCAGGAAGACGCAGAUUUUGAUUUCGGCUCCUGUCCCCAGUGGUCGGCCUGUCUGAAUCACCCUGUGCACUCUCUCUGGAGGCAAGCUUCAAAGGACUUUGCAGAAACAGCAUGUGGGAACAUCACCGUCUUACUCAAUGGAUCCAUUGACGACGCCUUCAACAAAAACAGUAUGUUUGGAAGUGUGGAGCUGGACGGUCUGAAUCCACACAGGGUGAACUAUGUCAACAUCAAAGUGGUGACUAACCUGGAUGGACCAUUCACAGAAUCCUGUCAUCAGGGUUCCGUUGUGGACCUGAUCCACAUCCUCCAGUCCAGAGGUUUCCGUUGGACCUGCUCAGACAACGACCAGAUCCUGAUGAUCCUGCAGUGCGUCCAGAACCCGGAACACCCGUCCUGUAGGACAUGUGCAGACAGCUUGUCGCACGGAAAGACCGCAUUCACAGGGAACUAAGGACGUUUAUUUUAUUAUCGGAACCACAACCUUUUGAAUGUGUCCGAUAAAGACUGCAUACCUCUUUUCUUUGUUGCUUGGAUGUCAUCACCACUUUGAUGGAUUAUGCAAAAACUGACCAAUUUCCAUAAAGCUCAAAUCACGUUUAAUGUUUAAUUCUGUACUUUUUAACCUUAUAAUCACGUUUUGUAGCGUUUUGAUGCUGAGUGCCAACCCUUGGCACUCAGCAUCAAGGGUUGGAAUUGGGGGUUAAAUCACCAAAAAUGAUUCCAGGGCGCGGCGCCGCUGCUGCCCAGUGCUCCCUUCGCCUCCCAGGGGGUGAGCAAGGGGAUGGGUCAAAUGCAGAGGACAAAUUUCACCACACCUAGUGUGUGUGUGACAAUCAUUGGUACCUAACUUAACUUUAACUUUACACAUACAAACUGCAGCACACAAAAAGGCACAUUUAAUUUAAAAAAAACGUUAUUAUGGUCUUACCUUUACUUAUAAAUGAAGUCCAUGCACAGCUCCUUUUGAACAAAAGCAUCGAUAACUUGUUUAUAGAAGUCUUCCUUAUCUUUCUUCAGUUUUAAAAGUCUCUCUGUCUCGAUGGAGAUGAUCCUUUAAUUAUUACCUCCUGCUUUGAUUGAAAGUCCAGUUUAGAAAACUGUUUUAUUUUAGAUAUGUAAUCCUCCAUGUUAAU